UUCCUUAAUAACAUCUCUCUCUCUCUCGCUCUCUCUCUCACUCUCUCUUUACCAAACACUUCAGAACCUGCUGGGCACAUAACAACUACACACAACAUCGGUGGACUAUAGUAGCGCAAUAAACCAGCGAGGCAAGGAUACAUCUAUAAUCAAGACUGUCCGCGGGGGUGAAAAAGAACAAGACAACGGUCAAUUCGGAUCCUCUGCAGUCUCCUCUCUGAGAUAUGGCGCUGGGGUUCCUGAGCUUCUCUUCAUCCAUUCCUAACCUGUGGAUUCUUCUCAUGGUCAUCGCAGUCCUUUCUCAGCCAGGAUAUAUGAGACAUGACGUUCUCCUCCCAGAUGACGGUAAAGAUAAUAUCACAAUCUUUACCCGAAUCCUCGACAGACUGCUGGACGGCUAUGACAACAGGCUGAGACCUGGCCUGGGAGAAAGUGUAACUGAAGUGGAAACAGAUAUCUACGUUACAAGUUUUGGACCAGUUUCAGACACUGACAUGGAAUAUACAAUCGACGUGUUCUUCCGGCAGAGAUGGAGAGAUGAGCGUCUGAAGUUUGACGGUCCGAUGAAGAUCCUCCCCCUUAAUAACCUGCUGGCGAGUAAGAUCUGGACCCCAGACACAUUUUUCCAUAACGGGAAGAAAUCUGUAGCUCACAAUAUGACCACACCCAAUAAACUGCUCCGCCUGGUGGAUAAUGGAACACUGCUCUACACCAUGAGGUUAACAAUCCACGCAGAGUGUCCCAUGCACCUCGAGGACUUCCCAAUGGAUACACAUGCUUGUCCAUUAAAGUUUGGAAGUUAUGCGUACACAAACUCUGAAGUGGUUUAUAUUUGGACCCUCGGCCACGAUAAAUCUGUGGUGGUGGCAGAGGAUGGUUCUCGCUUAAACCAGUACGACUUGCUGGGCCAUGCUGUCAGCACUGAAGUGAUCAGAUCCAGCACAGGAGAGUACAUAGUGAUGACUACGUAUUUCCAUUUGAAAAGGAAAAUUGGCUAUUUUGUGAUUCAAACAUACCUCCCAUGCAUCAUGACUGUCAUUCUGUCCCAGGUAUCCUUCUGGCUCAACAGAGAGUCAGUACCUGCGCGCACGGUGUUCGGUGUCACUACCGUCCUCACAAUGACCACCCUGAGCAUCAGUGCUAGAAACUCUUUACCCAAAGUGGCGUACGCGACGGCCAUGGACUGGUUCAUAGCCGUCUGUUAUGCCUUUGUGUUUUCUGCACUGAUUGAAUUUGCAACGGUGAACUAUUUCACCAAGCGGAGCUGGGCGUGGGACGGUAAAAAAGCUAUGGAGGCCCAGGAGCAGAGGAAGAAGGAUUCAGCACCGCUUUCAAAGAAAGCCAAUAACACAUACAAUAUUGUUGGGACGACCUACGCCAUCAACAUAGCUAAAGAUCCAGGCUUACCUACGAUUUCAAAGAGCGCGGCCACAGCAGCUGCAGCAGCGGCUCCCGUCAAAAUCCCCCAAAUGGAAGAAAGUCCCCCGGAAAGCAACAAAACCUACAACAGUGUCAGCAAAGUGGACAAGAUGUCCCGCAUUAUAUUCCCUGUGCUUUUUGCCAUUUUUAAUUUGGUGUACUGGGCGACCUAUGUCAACAGAGAGCCCAUCAUUAAGGGGUCAAGCCCUAGUAAAUGAAUUUGCCUACACACGGUCAGGUUUUGUUGUCAAAACAUGAUUUUUCUUUUUUCUUCUUCUGUGUACCGCUAAAACUGUUCACAAGAGUUGUUUAAACAUUCUCCUUUAUUCUCUAUGGGAAAAUGAUAUCUUGUCACAAAUUACUGUGAUUCUGUCAAAGCAAGUUAAAGAGACAAGUCAGCUUAGUUAUUUCCUAGGUUUCAUUUGCUUGUAAGUAACAGUUCAACAGCGGGAUUCAGUCAAGUUUCCUGCAUUGCAUUAAGCUUAGCUAGAGUUCUACAACAGAAGUAUUAUAUACAGUACGUAGUCUUUUCAAGCAAUAUUAUCUGGUAUAUACAAUAAUCAUAAAACACUGAUAUGUUAACAAGGUAGAAUAUAAAUACUGACUCACAUACAAAAAAAAAAAUCUUUCUUUUAGCGGAACAGCUACUAUCCUGAAGAUGCAUACUGUAUUAUAGUGUUACAUAUUUUCUAAUCUCAUUGCAUCCUUGUCUGUCUAUUUGUUGGUAGUUUCCCUUUAAAAUAAAAUUGCAUUUGGCAGGCGUUUUGUAUGUUGAGGUUCCUUAGCAAUAGCCACCACAGGUACUGAUUUUGUUGGGGAUUCAUUGUGGCAGCCCAGAGACUGUCAACAUACAUUUACUACACUUCAAUAUGUUGUUCUUUUUAGCCUGCACUACUGUACUGGCAGAGUAUAUAGCAAAGACUCUUGAUAGUUUAGCUCAAUGAAUCCAGCACUGGGGAGACAGUAGUUUACGAUACAACCUGCGUCAUUAUGAAUUUCAAUUUUCAACCGAGAUUUUAUUUUUUUUAAAUAAUUAACUACAUUUAUAAAAUAAAAUAGACACAAGUUUACCAGUAGAGUAUACAUAAAAAGAUAAAACAGUUUCAAAUCUAAAUACCACCACAGUUUAAUUUCUGUUCCUUCCUUUUCUUACACACUGUGAGAGUUGACUUGGUUUCAAAACCUUGGUGUACAAGAGGUCCUAUCCCCAUGAUCUGAACAGUAUCAGGAUCAAGGUCCACUGCUGUGUAGAUCAGCUGAAUAGACCCUGCCUCUGUGGGACGUGUGAACACAACUUCUAAAAAACGUGUAUCUUUACUUGAGGACAACACUUGACAGUAAUUUUUUUGGUUUUUAACAAGAAAACUGUGAUCUUUGUCCGAAGGAGUGUGCCUGACCAUUGGCUAUGGCUUUAUCCCUUUCUUUAGCUUGCAUGUUCAAUGGGAGAGUUCAUGUGGGAGUGUUUUCUUUAAAGACUGGAUAUUUUGGCAUCUCCGUCUGAUUGUUCAUUGAUACAAUGCCCCAGUGGGUCCCCAGUGGCUCACCUAGUGAAUGCAGGGCGAGUCAUGCGAUCCCAGUUCAAAUCCUGUUGCUGAACUUGGCUGGGGGCCCACAGGGUGGUGCAACAUUUGUGCAUUUUAAUAUUGGGUAGGAUAAAAAUAAUAAUACAAUGUCCCGUUACUGUUAAAGUAUAAGCAGAACAAACCCAAUCAGACAAACCCAUUUCUGGUAACAAGUUACGUUAGUAGUCCCAGUGUGUCAUAUUUACAAGAGAACCCUUAAGUCUAUAGUCUAUAUACUCCAGUUACUCAAAUGUGUGUCUAAAAAACAUCCAAACACAUACUGCAUUAGUCGACUGUUUACUUUAACUAUUCAAAGUUUUUACAGUUUAUAUUUCUGAAGGUUGUUUACUUGACAAGCCCAUGUUGAAAAUACUAACUGUAUGGCUGUUUCAUGUAAAAUGUUAUCAGUAUACAAAAACACCAAAAUAUUCUUGCUGAGAGUGUGUAAAAGGCUACACUAUGUAAGACUGUCAUAGUUUGGGACACUGCUUUAAAUAGCUGUUAAUAGAGGGUGUGCCUUUCCCCAAAUGUUCUGAAGUUCUGUCCCCCUUCCGGGGGGGUCUACAGUCUUCCAUGGUCAGGCACUAGUUGACCUCUGGGUCUGCUGGAUAUUGUCCCUGACUUCCAAACAAUCAAAUUCACAAGCAGACAAUAUAAGAAUAUCACCACCACAGUCUGAGGCAUUACUGAUGAAGGUGUUAAGCCAAAACGUUUUAAGCCAAAAAGUUGUUAGUUGGAUCUUAUAAUUUAAGAUCUUAAUGUAAUGAAACAUCUUCAGAUCUUUUUUAAAAGGAGUCAGCGAUUCUCUUAAUGAGAUCAAAACCCUAAAGACAUUGAUAGACACCUUGUGAAAACAUUGUCUACAACAAGAAGACAGGAACGUAACCAUAUCUGCGAACAUGAAGCCUGAGAUAACACUUUAGAUUACGAGACAUACAUUACUGUGUAAUGACAUAAUAACUGGUGGUGGAAUACAUGUAUAAUGACCUGUGCCAUGGGACUACUGUACCGUGUUAUAACUGUGUAACAAAAUGUUCACAAGGCCAUUUCCAUGUCAUUGCGUAGUAGUUAUCUACUGUAGCAAGAGCAGGAAUUGGUAACUACCCAGUUAUUACAAUGGAAUUCUAUAGCUAUGCAGGCCCUGUAAUGAUCUAGUGCCACCUAAAUCUGCCACUUUACCUUCUGUAGUGGUUCCCAGUGCCUGAACGACUGCUCUGCUGCUGCGUCAAGGGAGCGUGUGAUAGCAGUCUAUGAGAGCCAAAGUAUCCUUUCAUCUUGUAAAGAAACACAUGGGCAAAAUGAUAGAAGUGCAGUUUGUGGAUACAGCUGACAUUGUGGUUGCCUUAUAUUGGUUUGUGUUUUGUGUAACCAUAUAGUUCUGUGUAGACCAGCUACGUUAACCACCACUAGUGAAAAACAAAACAAAAUAAUCAUUUUGCAUUUAGGCCAGCAGCAGUUUAAUGCAUGACAAUCCUAGUGAUUUUUAUACCUGUAAAUAAUGCUGUUAGUUGAAAGUCCCCUGGUGAAAAUUAAUUAUUUCUCGUUUUGCUUAGGAUUGGAGUGUUAGCAUUUCCUUGUUAAAUGCAGGUUCCUUUGGCGAUUAUGAGGAACAUGUUUAUAUUGGAAUACACUGGUGACUGGCAUGUAACCUUUUUCUAAUGAGAGUCCAGCCCUUAAGAUUGUAAAAUAUGUUUAAGGCACUUUUAUUUAAAAAGUUUGGGAUUGUUCAGCGUUUAUUUCCAAAAUGAAAAACAUCAAGGUAAUAUCGUGGGAGGACGCAAACAAACUGUAAUAGUAGGAGUAUUUCAGGGUUAGAAUACAUCAUUAAAACAUACGUAUUAUGUAGCACUGCAGCUGUGUUGUCUACUUUAAAGAAAUUGAAAAAAACAGCCAACAUUUUUUGAUAAAUCCAGCAAUGCUUGUGUAAAAACGGAAUGGAAAUAAACAGCCUUAAAUGUGUUAUACCCCCAACACUGGAAGAUUCCAGUUAGGAUCAUGGAUGUGGGUGUUUUAAUUAGGGGUGGGCACCAAUAUCGAUAUUUUGAUAUGAUAUCGAUAUCGUUCGAUAUUGAUAAUAAUUUCCAUAUCGCAAUAUCGUGGGAUUAAAAAAAAGUCACAUACUGUCGCAGACAUACUUUUUAUUGCUAAUACUGCUAAAAAUAUAAACCCAGUAUAAUCAAGUUUAUUUUAUAUUAAGAUACAACAAACCCUAUACAUACCAAUCAUUGUUAGUCUCAUAGGCAAAAACCACACAUCAAGUAUUAUUUAACCAUUUUAUACCAUUGAUUGGCGUUUUUCUUUUUCUAAGAACCCGAUUAACAAAUGUAUUUGAAACAUUAAAUAGCUAUAAAUCAAGAAAAACAACAAAUUCACAACCUGUGUAUCCUCUCGUAUGCUCUACUCUCGUUUCUUCACCUGUUUCCUCUGACCGGACAAUCCCUUAGCGCAGGGCUACUCAACCCUGGUCCUGGAGGGCCGCUGUCCCUCCUGGUUUUUGUUCCAACUGUACCCUAAAUUACUUAAGUGGACCAAUUAAGUGCUUAUUAGAAGCUUAAUUGGUCCAAUUAAUCAAUUCAGUGUACAGUUAAAACAAAAACCAGGAGGGACAGUGGCCCUCCAGAACCAUGGUUGAGUAGCCUUGCCUUACCGGAAACUAUAUCCUGUUUUCAAAAAGUGCGCACAUCAACUAAUUAAGAAACAGGACCAUCUUUUUUAAAGGGAUACACAUUUGAAAACAAACUUAACACACACAAAAAAAUACUAAACACGAAAAUCGGUUUAAAUAAUUUGAUAUAUGUAUAUAUCACUUUUUUUCUUCCAUUCAGAACAUGCUCACAAGGUACCAAACACUAUUUGCAUGCUGCAUUAAGCACUAUUGGGAUUAUUGUGAGAUAUGCGCAUGCGUCAGUGUGGUUCAUUGCAUUUUUUCCAUGCGAUUACUUACACUGUUAUUAAUGUAAUUUUAAAAUGUGAAAUGAGAUGUACUUUUAAAACAUCAAAACACAUCUCAAAAUAAUGCAACAUUCAUUAUAUUUUUCUGUGUUUUGGAAGACUUUGAUAUUAUUGAUAUCGAAAUACAUGCACGAUAUCAAUAUACAAUUUUCAUAUCGAUGCCCACCCCUAGUUUUAAUGCAAUAACAUAACUCUGUAGUAUUGAUGCAGAUCAUGUUGCCUGCUUCUUCUUUUUAGCAUUUCCAAAAAAAAAAUCUCUUUUUUCUUCCCCACAAAUAUAUUAAAAAAACCUGAGUAAAUCACACUUCCAAAACUAUUGAACCCUUUCGAGGGUCAGACCCUCUUAAAGUGCCCCAAACCACCUGACACUCAUGUAUGUAUUCUGAAAUCCUCAACAACAUGUAUGCAAAAGAUAACAAGUGACAAUCUGUGGACAUCCUUGAGGGUCAGGACACUGGUCAGGGCAGAACAUGCUGGGAAACGUCUUUACAACCAUGGUGAGAGUCUUUGAUUUGUGUAAUAACAGAAUUCCUUUCAAUGUCAGCAGGGAUGUGCUGGCAGCAGCUUUGAAAAGGUCCAGCUUUUUCAAAUGUGUGGCAUUGAUUGAGUGAGUUAGGAUCCUGGAUACAACACCAAGUACGACUCAGAUCAAGGGUAGUGCUAGAGGUCAUUCAUUCACUUCCACAACAAGACAAGGCUUUCAUGUGUUGCUUCAUCGCUGUGAUUCACAGCAGAAGAUGCUGAGCCCAGUUUUUUUGAUAACCCUGCGACUAUGUUUACAUGCAAAAGUAUUAGGCAUGCACACACAUUUGAAUUUGUUUUUCUUUGAUUCCAUCAACGUACCUCAACAGUUAGGAUAGUAGCAGCUGAUUUCAGAGCUGCUGUUGAUUUAGGUAGGGCAAUCCAAAAUUAGUGUCAACCUGGGGCUGUGAAACCAGCCAUAAGGGUUUGGUUUCCAGUAUUUUUGGAUCUCUUAAAAUAAUACUGCCUUGCCAUUUUCUUUGAAAUGAAACUAUAUCACCUAGAUUCAAGAUCAACAGUAUGUAGUAUUGAGGAAACAGAUGCUGUUUUCUGUGCUGCCAUUUUUCACUCUUUUGUCUGAAAGAAAACAUACAUGCAAAUAAAUAGUUAAACUUUAAAUAAAAAAAAACCUAAAAGUGGAUGUUUAAAUGGGAAUUGCAUUGAUAAAAUGGCACUAAGGUGACUGGCUAGAGAGAAAUAGUUAAUAGUGGGUUCCACUUUCACUGCUCCAACUAUGCAUCUCAAUACCAAAAUCUUCAGGAGUGCCAAAAGACAUGCACUAUAGGUAAGGCUUCUCCUCCUGUGACAGCCUUAGCGAUUUCAUCGUGUAACCCGUGCUUUUAAUACACAUGCAGUGUUAUUCAUUGCUGUUCAAAUCAAAGCCAUUCAGGCAAAGAAAGGUUACCAAGUAUCUCCAGCUAUAGAGAACUGGGAUAGGCUUGUAUUAAAUGCAGAAUAUAGCACACCUACUGCAAACUCGUGCUGUGAGUUUAGGGGGUUGGAUUCAAUAAAAAAAUACAGCGUCACUUUCUUUACCUUUUCCUGCGAUUCAAUCAAACGGACAUGUCUCUACAUCCUAAACAAUCUGCCGCUCUGAUUGCCACGGACAUCUUGAGUAUUAAUAGGGUGUUUUUAUUAAAAUGGAUUCAGGGUCUUUUUUUCUUUCACCAUGUAAAUGUGAUAUUCUAAUAAUCCCAGAAUUAAAUAGAGAGAUACGCGUGUGCUCAACUGAGGAGUACCCCUGCUGUAGCUUGGGGUUUAUGUGGCAGGGACAGGGUUCAAACUCCCUAUCCCUGGACCCCUGUAAGAAAGCUGUCAGGCUAAACUGGACAGAUACUGCAUAAAGGAAGGACUGGGAGACAGCUCCCUGGCUCAAUGUGAGCAGAUGCUUACUGUAUGUACUGUACCUUACAACAUACAUGCUAGGGUGUGUGUGUGUUGAAACACCUGGCCCAGCCUUAAAGGGACAGAACAUUUGAUUUUCAUUCCGUGUUGUUUUGAAAAUAAAAACACACCUGACCUUCUGUUGCCCUGUCUCGCCCCCCCGCCAGAAUUUGAUUGUAUUUUAUGAUUGAAUCCAUGUCUCUGAACCAGGUCUUAUAGCACUCCUAUAUUUACAGGGGUGUUAGGAUUUCCUUAUUUAAUUCAGGCCUUUCAGUAUUUGUUCAAAUGACCGCUGGAUUUGUACUAUAUAUUAAAAAGUUUAAUAUUCAAGCCAGUCCACCUGAUGCAAGCUUGAUUCAACCUGUGCUUUAUAUUUACAAGCUUAAAUAACCCAUUAUUUAAUUGUGAAUGCAAAACUAUUAGCCUACAUAUCCAGGACUGUUUGAUUUUAAGCAGUCUACAGUUAAUUGCAUUUUCUGUUUUCGUCGUUGUUGUAUUGGUUAUAGUGUUAUUGUCAUUAUGUCUUCAAGUGAAUUGUUCUGAAGAAAUUUCUGAUUUAAGUGUUUACCUCUUCUGUUUCUCUCUUGUUUUGUUUGUUGGUUAUUGGAUGUAAACAGUGUGUUGUUUUACCAUGCAUAACGUUUUGAAUUUCCACUGUACUUUCAAUAAAAAAUAAAAAGAUACUUAAAUGAGUUA